CUUACCAAAUUAUUCCAAACAAUUCAAUGUUCAGCAUUCCUGCUUCAAGGUGGCAUUUCUUUUGUGGAGACCAUUGCCAGUGUUAAUAUAAACAGUAGGAGCCACACUUUUGACAGGGAUCUGGAUUAUUAGUAAGCAGGUAUAUGUUCUAGAACAUGUAGUUGUCUCGAGUGUGGGGGUGGGGAGCUUUGCUUGGCAAUAUUCUGCUGCAAUUUUGUCUUGAAAUGAGGCCCCCUUUAUGUAAAUUUUUACUGGCGCCAGCUAGCUGUAACUGCAGUCUGGCUCAGCCUCGGCAGCAAGUAACAUGUGUCAUGGACUUGACUUUGCGUGGAUUACAGAAAUGUUUCAGUGUCUGAGUAGGAAGAGCAACGCUGAUGAAUUCAAAAAGGAUGUACAAGAGAACCUAGGUGUAGUUAGAUUACUGGUGUCUGAAAACAUGGAUGAUUUUUUCUGCCUGCUUCUUUAUUUUAAGUAUGCUGUCUUCUGCUGAGCUGUAAUAAAUUUAUGCUUGUUGGUACCACUGUGUGGUAUGUGGGAGGUACCUCACUGCACAUAGUUGCUGCAGUGCUAAUAGUUGGCAGCACAGAAGGCUGCACAAAGAGUUCCGGCUGUGGACACUUGCAGUUGCAACAUUCACUUGGAGGCUGUGGCAUGCUCACUGAGCUGCAGUGACACAUUGAUUCACUUGUGUGAAUAAGUGGCAGUUCCAGCAUGCUUUAACAAGCGGAUGUAGGCUGCUAGCAGAGAGGUACAAUAGCAUAGCUCAGUCUGGAUAGAAAAUAAUUUGCUGCUGUAUAAACAAAAUAAGAUCUUAGUAUCAAGAUGGCUGACCUGGAAGUCUACUUGUACUUCUUGUUUCUUAUGCAAAUGAGCUAAAUGUCAAUGGCUUAUUCAGAGGAGGAAGUUCAUUUUGCACGUGUCAAAUUCUCCACAGGGUCAAGAUGGAUAGCACAGAUGAACCUCAGAAAAAAGUCUUCAAAGCACGAAAAACGAUGAGAGCAAGUGAUCGACAACAACUUGAGGCUGUCUAUAAGGCUAAGGAAGACCUGUUGAAGACAGUUGAAGUUAAACUGUUAAAUGGAAAGUACGAGAACGGCGAUUCUGAUUUAAAUUCUCCUUUAAGCAAUACAGACUGUACGGAGGACAAGAGGGAAGUUAAUGGCCUAGUGGACUCUAAUGAAAUUAGUGAAAUCAAAAGACCUGAAAGUAGGGCAGAAAUUAUAGUCAGUGACCUAGAACCUAAACCUCUCUCUCCAGAGAAUAUUACUCAUGAACAAGAUAUUGAUAUUGCAUUAGUUUGUGAGGCUGAAAACAGAGUGCUUGGUAGCAAUAAAGUUAACUUCCAUGAAGAAAAUAACAUAAAAGAUCAUUUGGACCAAAGAGAGAGUGACACUUCAUCAGAAGGUGACAGUAAAUCAAACUGUGAUAAUAGCUCCUCAUCUGAAGAGAAAGGAAAAACAAAUGACUUAACUAUUAUUUCUAGUUCGCCUGUUGAAGACAAGAAGAAGGCUGGAGAAGUAAUUGUUGAAGAUUCUGUUGGGGAAGACGCUAUCUCUAGCAGUAUGGAAACUGAUCAGGAACCAAAACAUCAAGGGGAUGGCACUGCAGGUCUUUCAGAAACCGUAGCUGAGAAGGCAGUAGAUGAGUCAAGUGAAAGUAUCCUGGAGAAUACUGACUCUAUAGAAGCAGAUGAAAUUAUUCCAAUUUUGGAAAAACUAGCUCCUGCUGAAGAGGAGAUGAGCUGUUUUUCUAAAAGCUCUUUGCUGCCAGUGGAUGACACAGCCCCAGAUUUAGAAGAGAAGAUGGACAACUGUUUGGGUUCACCACUGAAGCAGGAAAGCAAUGAAAGUCUGCCAAAAGAGGCUUUCUUAGUGCUGUCUGAUGAAGAGGAUCCUUGCGAUGAGAGGGAGCAUGCUGAAGUGGUACUACCAAACAAGUCAGGUCUUCCAGAAGAGGUGGGAAAAAGUGAGGAAAAGGACAAAGAAAGAGAAGUGGUCCACAAAGAUGAAGAAAAACUCACAGACAGAGGUGAAGUAUCAAGAAGAAAGCGUUCAAAAUCUGAGGACAUGGACAGUGUGCAUUCUAAACGGCGUCGAUAUGUUGGAGAGGAAGAUUAUGAAGCAGAAUUCCAAGUGAAAAUUACAGCCAGAAGAGAUGUUGACCAAAAGUUAGAAAAGGUUAUCCAGAGAGUGUUAGAAGAAAAACUUGCUGCUUUACAGUGUGCUGUAUUUGACAAGACUCUGGCAGACUUGAAAAUGCGAAUAGAGAAAGUAGAAUGUAACAAGAGGCAUAAAACCGUGCUUACUGAACUACAGGCUAAAAUCUCUCGAUUGACAAAACGGUUUGGAGCUGCCAAGGAGGAUAUGAAGAAAAAACAGGAAAAUACACCAAACCCAUCUCUGUCCUCAGGAAAAGCAGCAAGUAGCACUGCGAAUGCAAACAAUCUGACAUACCGAAAUAUUACCACGGUGAGGCAGAUGCUGGAAUCAAAGAGGAAUGUAGGAGAUAGUAAACCAGCAACUCUUCAAGCCCCUGUGAAUGCAGCACCAGCUUCAAGUCUUGCUGCUCCUCAGACACCUGCCAGUGGACAUCCUAAGCCUCAGACUCCAGUGACCUCUAGCCCUUUGACAACAGCAGUUAUUUCGACGGCUAACACAGCUACAGUUGUAGGCACAAGCCAAGUGCCCAGUGGCAGCACUCAGCCAGUGUCUGUUUCAUUGCAGUCUUUGCCUGUAAUCUUGCACGUGCCUGUUGCAGUAUCAUCCCAGCCUCAGCUCCUUCAAGGCCACGCAGGAACUUUGGUCACUAACCAGCAGUCAGGCAGCGUUGAAUUUAUAUCUGUACAGAGCUCCUCUACAGUUGGUAGCCUUACCAAAAAUGCAGUAUCUUUGGCAUCUACUAACACAACUAAACCAAAUAACAGCCUGUCUGUGUCCAGUCCUAGUGUUCAGAGAAACUCUCCAGCCAGUGCUGGGUCUGUACGGACAACAUUAGCUGUACAAGCAGUUUCAACUACACAUCCUGUUGCACAAACCACAAGGACUUCUUUGCCCACAGUGGGUACUUCAGGACUUCAUAAUUCUACCAGCAAUCGAGGUCCCAUACAUAUGAAGAUUCCCCUCUCCGCAUUUAAUAGUACCGCUCCUGCCGAACCAUCUACCGUUGCAGCACCCAGAGUUGAAAACCAGACAAGCAGGCCACCAGCAGAUUCUUCAGCGAACAAGAGAACAGCUGAGGGAACAACACAGCUCUCAGAACAAAAAGUAGUUCGCUGUGUGCCGUAUACCUGUGGCAUAUUUGAUGGUACAACUUUGAUCAAUUGUUUCGAAAAGCAAUUGAAACAGGAAGAGACUUCAUCAGAAAAUAAAGAAGCAGUAGAAGCAGCACAGAUGAAUGUUAACUUCCCUGAGGAUGUCCUCUUUGGCUUGGAGGAAGAGGAAGAGGAUGCUAAGAGCAUCAAAAACACCCACAAGCAGACUGGCUGGGCAGCUAACCUAUUAAAGCAAUGGCUGGCCAAAAAUGGCAAGGAUCCUAGCUUUGAGUUGGUUCCAGUAAGUGAACUCAAUGAUAUUUUAAGAGAAUUUUAUUGCAAAAUAAGGAAUCAUGAUGGAAAUACCUACAGUGUGGCAAGCUACAAGUCAAUGCGUGCUGGCUUAAACCGGCAUCUCAAAAUGCCACCUUACAAUCGUCAGAUUUGCUUAAUGAAGGACAAAGAGUUUGCUAGUGCAAAUAUGGUAUUUGUGAGUAUGCUGAGGAUGCUGCGCAUCCAGGGAAAGGAUGAGACUCACCACCAUCCUCCUAUAGCAGCUGACGACUUGCGUAAGAUUAAACUGUCUGGUGUACUGGGAUUGCACAGUCCUGUGGCACUCGUCAACAAGGUGUGGUUUGAUUUGCAGUUGCAUUUUACCAAACGAGGGAGGGAAAUUUUGAGAGAUCUGGCUCCAGAUGCUUUUGUUGUUGAGAAGGACAAGAACGGGCGUCGUUACGCUAUGUUUAGGUAUCCUGGAAAAGGAAAAAAUGAAGAAGAUCCUCAUAAAAUGGGUAAAAUGUAUGAUAUGCCAGGGGACCCAAACUGUCCUGUUUUUUCCUUGGAGCUUUAUUUAUCUAAGUUGCCUCCAGAGCCUCCGGCCUUUUACCUGCAUCCUUUAAAGCUAACAGCAGAGCAAAUGAAAGAACAGCCUGUAUGGUACAAAAGAGAACCAAUGGGUGUGAACUACUUGGGUGCAAUGAUGCCCAGGAUAAGUGUGGCAGCCAGGCUUUCUCAGCGAUAUACCAAUCAUUCUCUCCGAACUACCACCAUCCAGCUACUGUGUGAAGCAGGACUGGGGCCUGGAGAAAAUUAUGGCAUUGGCAGGCCAUCACUCUGAGUCUGCUAUUCAACACUACUGGGGAGCUGCAGAAGUUCACUACAGAGCUUGGUCAGAUAUAAUGGAGAAUAACACAAUCAAUUACCUAUAUAGCAAGAUUGCAAAUCAUAAAUGAAUCAUUAUCUGGUGUCUCCACCUUUUCUAGAAACCAUGUUGUUGUAAAACAAAGCAAAAUCUUAUAAAUCUUAGAAGUCUAGCGUGCCAUCUGGCACUAGUCUUGUGACUUUAGUCCCUGAGGGACAUACUGCUCUCCAAUCUAAAAGCCCUAUUGAUCCUUUUGGACUGCAGUUCUUCCAGCGUGCAGUUCUUCCUUCCCAAGAACGUAGCCAAUGUAAGCCCAACUGCCAAUCCUCUCCAAGGCUGUUGUAAUUAACUUUCAUAAAGCACUUGAUAAAACAAGAACCAACGUCUUGAUGCUUUUUGUAACAGAGCUGAUUUCAAGUAAAUCACUAGAAUGGAAAAAAAAAAUAUAUCAAAUUUGUUUUAUCAGUUGGUUUACUAAGGAAAUUUCCUAUGAUGUAGUUCAUCAAGAAGUAUCUUGUUCACAGUCCUGAAGUGAGCUAUGGAACAGAAACUUAGUGCAGGUCUUGCAGUUUCUGUGACUUUCAUUAGCAACUGGGACUCUAAAUGACUGAGCUGAGCUAUUUAAAUUUUAAAAAAUAAAACAAAAAUGGGGAGAUACUGAUUUCCCCUUAGCUGAAGAGCUAUGCUUUCUACACUAAGUGCAUGGCUUCUAUAUUUUGUGAAGAGUAUAUUUAUUAUACCACUCUGUGACUCUUGGCACUACUGUAGCAUCUUACUAAACAAAUACUUGAUUGCUGAAGAUCUCAGAGAAAAGUACAAGCUGAAUGAAACAGACACUUGCAGUUCAAAUACAUACAUAUGCAUGAAAACAGCUGGAAUUGCCUGAUCACUGUCACAUUCUUUGUUCCAGUCUUGUUACCAGUCUUGCCAAAAGAUUAUGCUGUGCAGCUUCCUGUUUUUAUUGUUUUGCUUUUGCUUUUGGAUUAUUAUUUUUUUUUUUUUAACAUACUUUUAAAUUAAUUUAAUCCACAAGCUACAGAUUUCUGUUGCAGGUCUUUCGUUUUCCUCUUUCAUGUUUUUGACUAAGAUUUCAGUCACUCCCAUCUCCAAAAACACUAUCUGAUACAAAUGGUGCAAAAAUUUCUGUGUCUGCAGAUGUUCAUGAAAUGAGGAAAACGUUCUCAGUAGAAUUGAGAGCUGAUCUGUUGUUUAAAUGUACUUAAAGUUGAGGUGUUACCUCUGGAAACAUUCAAGGUCAGGCUGGAGGAGUUCAGAGCAACCUGAUCCAGCUGUAGAUUCCCAGUUCAUUGCAGGGGAUUUGGACUAGGUGAACUUUAAAAGUCCUUUCCAGCUCAGGUGGUUCUAUGACUAAGUGACUUGAUGCCUGAUCUUUGGAGUUCUUAUUGUGGCUGCUGCUGAUUGCAUUCUCAAGUCUGGGUUAGGUUAGUUGUAUUUACUACUUCACUUUUCCUUAGUGUAGACUAACCCAGAAUGUUCUGUUUUCUCAUCGGUCGUGUUAAUUAUUGAAGAGAUUUCAGAAUCGCUGUAUGUAUCGUAUAUACUGUUUAUGGUCAGUCUUUUCAUAUUAUAAAGAUCAAACAAGUUAAUGAGAUAUAAUCUUUAACAUAAAAAUUACUUCUGCCACACAAUCCUGUAUUGACUUAGUUAUAGCAUUAACUUACGGCUUUCUUGGCUAUAGGAAAUCACAGAUCCAGGAUUACCGUUUUAUCAAAUCUAAAGUAAAUCAAAUGGAAAUAACAAAUAGAAAGGCCUUUCUAGGGGGCAUAUAUAAAAAUUAGGGAAAAAAAAUACACAAAAACAGGUGGCAGUAUCUUAUUCUAGGAUUUUUUAGCAUAGCAAACUUCCAAACUUUGUCUUCAUAGAAUUCAUAAUUCAGGUAAACUGGCAAAUUUCAUUUCUUGUUCGAAGAGUCUCGCUCUAAAUCUUCACCAAAAUGGAUAUGUCUUGGUUUUUUACACCUUCUCUCCCAUUUCCUGUUGUUGUCUCAGAUAAUUCCUUGUUCUGGUCUACAAGACUUAACAAAGGAUACAAAAGAACACUGACAGGAGUUCAUUCUUUUUUGUUCAUUCUUGCUGCAUAAUGUGGUCAUACCAGCCACAUAUCCUGCUCUGGUCCUAACUGCAUCUGUGUAAUUUACUGUAACAGCAUAUUUGCAUAUUGUUAAUAGUUUGAUUCCUCAACAAAAAUGUAGUUGGUGAUUUAAACUGGAAAAAAAAAAAAAAAAAAGAAAAAAAAAAAAGCUGAGCAUGUCUGAUUUUUUUUUUUUUAAUUUAACUUUGAAUUUGACUUUUAUCUGUUGACUGCUAAUUAGAUAUUUUUAAUUUCUGAUUUGUUAAAUUCUAAUUUUAUUGACACCGCUGUGUUCUAAGUCUUCAUUUUCAACCUGGUACUUCUAAGCUGUUACUAACUGCAGUAUUACUAGGUGCACUCUUGGCUUGGGCUAGAAGUAGUAUUGCUUUAAAAGAGCUGGAGAUGGUGUUAAAUAUUAGUGGAAAGAUUAAUAGAGUUAGUUAUAACUAAUAGAGUACAUUUCUAGCCUUCUACAAUUUAAAAUCUUCCCUGUUUUUCCUCCCACCCAAAGUUUUAUAUUGAUCUUCCUGCAUGUGUUUCUAGAAAAGCUGAAGCAGGCGAACAGAAUGUGUGUUUGGCUGCUUCUGUAAAUUCAGCUUUGGCUAUGUGUGUAGUAGUGUGGGGAAAGAAGUCUUUCCUUUUCCUCUCAGAAAAUAUCAAAUAAAUCCCAUUUAUUAUAGAGCAGACUAUGAACUGUGAUCAUGAAAUAUCUGUUCAAAAUAUUGGCAUGAAUUGCUACUCAGUGGCAGUGGCAGCAGAGAAUCACAGCAUGAGGUUUUUUUUUCCCUUCCACUACGUAUGUUUAUCAUUAUUUGUAAGACACCAUUGGAUCAUAAUUUACAUUUCAGUUAAAAAAAAACAGAAUGUAGCAAAUAUACAUUGAAAUAAAUGUAUUAUCUGUCAUUCUUGACUUUUCUAAUUAGAUUUCUCAUAAAAUUCAUUUUUCAUUUCAGUUGCAGAAAAACUGUACUUAGCCUUAACAAAGUCAACUAAGCUUGUAUUUUCAACAAGAGCUGCUAUGUCAUUGAUUAAAUUCCAUUUUCCACAUUGAAGCUGAUUCUGAAAACAGUGGGAAAUGACUGUGACAUUUCAUAAAUAUUUUAGUUUUACAUCUCAUUUUUAUAGUGAGGCUUCAGUACAUGUACUGGGAACGUAGAACUUCUGUUCUUUGUGGGUUUUUUGUAAGUUUGGAAAUUUCUGUUAAGUAGUACCUUCAUUUUUUAUUUUAUUAUGUCAGUGCAGUAUCUUACAGUGUGUCGUGUUGUUUUUUUCUUUCGUUGUUGUGUAAGUAAUUCAUGCCUGCUUUAAAAUAUUGUGAUCUGCAAUGUGGGAGAUUGUAAAAGGUAAAUAUUCCUCACUAUAUGCACUUUUCCUGUGUCCACACCUCUGAAAAGCUCUCUGUAGAUCUCAGUUGUGUAGAAUGUCAGAUAUUUGAAGACAGUCCUGAACUGCAAGAUUUUGAUAAUUACAUACUGCCUGGGUUAGUAUAGUUAGGAGUUAGCAGGAAGCAGCUUGGAUGGAUAGUUUUGCUGUGCUACUGCUUCUCCCUUUUCAGCCUUCCUCUGCUUAUUGCUCCAAAAGGAAUGGCUGCAGUGAUUUAGGGAGAGGGGGCAUCUUACUGUGUUAGUGGUAGUCUCUGAACUUCCAACUUUUUCCUGUUUACACAGAAAUAGAAAGGUUGCAGCUUGGUCCCAGUAAUUUUGCCAAAGGCCAUUCCAGUGCCUGAGGUCAUAGGAUUGUAUUUCUGAAGACGUGACAAGCACUUUUAAUUUAUUACAGUAGAUGUUGUUGUUAGGGGCAAAAGGAUUUAUAAUUAUAUAACAAAUCUUUAUAAUAGUUUCAAAGUAUUUUAUUAUGAAUCCCAAUUAUAGAUACAGGAAUUAAAAAUGUUCUAUAUAAUGUAUAAUAUAGCACAGCAUACUGUGGGAAUCUAUUAAAGUGACUUAUUAACAUUUUGUGAUACAACAUAACAGUGAGUAGACUUGAAUGAUGUUGGGUAUGUUAAAAAUGGUGAACACAGAAUCAGUCUUUUUGAGUUAUAUUUAUUAAAUCACCAAGUUGGGCAGAUAGUCUUUUUUUCCCUGCUCCAUGCUCUGGAUGCACUUUGUCCUUUUGUGGAGUACAUCUUUUUUCAGUUUAAAUUUAAUCUGUGCAUUUCAGCUUUUCAGCUAACAUGAUUUCAAAUGAAAAAUCCACCAGUGUCCAAUCCAUUUCCCAAUGUUUGUGACGUACCUUGAUUUGUUUGAUUCUCUACAGUUGAAGGUAUUUCUGUGACUAUUGGAAAUGUAUCUGGUAAAAUGCUAUUAAAGUACAUCUAUAACUUUUUUUUUCCCUUUAUUUGCAAUGUGUAACAAACUUUGUGAAUGUCUGUUGGGGAACAGAGUGAACAAAGGGGACAUACCAGCUUAAAAGUAUUAGCAGCUAUUAAUUCUAUGUUGUUGAACCAUUACUGGUGAAAAUGCGUUUCGUAGUUUGGUCACUGAAAAUAAACGUGUAAUUAUAUAUGUAAAAUGGGAUACUUGAUUUUUGUCUCUGAGCGUACGAUGAUGUUUCUGCUAUUUAAAAUGCAGCUAGCUCUCAUCUAUAAGGUGGAACCUUUACCUGAGACUAAUUUGAACUCUAAAUUCUUAAGAUGUUAGAAGUUUAAAGGUCAUACAAGAAUGAAUUAGCUAGAUUAUUUUUUUUUCCUUACAACAGCAAUUCAGUUCAGCUGUAUGAUGUCCUCUUGGGAAUUUUUCAGAUUAUUUUUAAAAUUCAUUAUUACAGAGGUGGUCUUUCCUUGAGAUUGUACCUGUGUUAUUUAAAACAACUCCUAGCUGCUGAGAAAAGCUUUCAGUAAGGACUUGUAGUUGUGUUUUAUAGGCUCCAAUUUGUCAGUUUGGGCCAAAAAAUCAAGAGUUUUAUUGAAACGUUAAACUGUUGGUGUCAUUGCACUGUGAACAAAUAAUAGCUAUAAAAAGUUUUAUUAAACUGAAACAUGCUAUAAUUAAAAUACAUUUAAUGAUUAGUAAUAUGGUUGCUGUUCAAAGUGGCCAUCCCAUAUGAUAUUGUUUUGAAACUUUCAGCGGUCUUUGGGGAAAGAGGGUAGAUGUUUCACCUUAAGAGAGUAAGAGCCAGUAAAGAAAUGUGUGUGCAAGUGUGUGUUUAUUAUAUACCAUUUAACUGUUUGAUUAAACAAGGAAUCACAGCGGUACACAGAUGCUUUAAGCAUGACAUCAAAUGGUCCUUUAUAGUUUUUAUUUUGGAAUUACGAUAACCACUAAAAAAGUCUUUCUACCAAAGAGGGUUUUAGUUAUGCUUCCUGAUUUAUGUUUCUUAUUGAUGGGCAUAGCAGAGCUGAUGUCUGAUCUUUGCAACAAAGAAAUGAGAGAGUAUGUAACAUAUAGUGAUUACUAAGACAGAUUCCUCAGUUUUUCCAUAUUUGUUUUGUUAUGCUGUAGAAAACAUUGCGCAGUACUGAAUAGAGUAAGGGGAAUGGUCUGGUAAAUGCAAUAUGUAAAAUGUCUGCUGAGGGUGUUUGAGUUACACACAAUUAAGCAACCGCACACUAUCAAAAUAAGUAUUGCAGCCCUGUGAAAUUUUGUUUGUGCAAAAUACAAACUAAGCAAACUGUUAGCUUAUUGCAUUAUCAUUUAUACUGUGGUAAGAGAUGACAAAUGAAUUGGACAAAUAAAUUUUCAUGACAGCUUUGCGA